AAUCUCAAAACAAUUGUAGAGGAAAACCAACUUGUUCCUUUUUCAUAUGUGAAAAUGUUACUACUACUACGCUAUUAAUUUUAGCUGCAAGAAAAUAUCGAGAUGUCCCCAUCAUAGUAGGUUCUUAAAGGUUUUUUGUUUCAUUGUUUUCAGUUCAAAAUAAAUGUUGUGCUUACCUUCUCGUCAUUACUUUCUUCUUCCAUUAACAAUGCACCAUACGUUUCCGUUGGUUGCUUCUUAAAUUUAGCACAUGCCCGUUUACGAUUUCAUCAAUCGUUACAUUAUGACAUAUCUUGUGAUGAUAUUUCUUUCGACACUAUUUGGAUUGUUUCAAAUUGUUGAAGAAUAAGAACAAAACAGGUUUUUUGAGUUGGAACUUGGAACUGCCACCCCUCAUUGUACUCUGAAUCUGUACUUAAAUGUUCCAUUAGCCUUCAAACUAGGAUAAACUUUCCUCCUUUAUUGUCCUUAUUCUUUCAUUCUAAACUACUUUCUCUAAACCAAGUUCCACUAUUUUCUCCUCAACUCAAAUUUUGUUACUAUAUCACAGAUUUGGAAACUUUUAUUCUCGUUUGUUUUAAGCAAAGAGAUGAAUCCUUCAAUAAACCGCCGUUUGAGGUUGCUACAUUUGUAUAUAGUUCUGCUCCGUCUUUGUUGCACGAGUUCUUAUCCCACGCCAACAAACUGCACCGACACAAGCCGCGUUUGUACUUCUUUCUUGGCCUUCAAGCCUAAACCAAACCAAACCUUGGCUGUGAUACAAAGCAUGUUUGACGUGUUACCCGGUGAGAUCACUUACGAAGACAAUGGCUGGGAUUAUUUAUUCAUCAGAAAAAACUGUUCUUGUGAUGCUGAUACGAAGAAGUUUGUGUCUAACACCACACUAACAGUGAAAUCCAAUGGAGGGUUUGUGCAUGAUUUGGUGAAGGAAGCUUAUGAUGGGCUUGCUCUCUUGCCCAACACAACAAAUGGGGCAAGAAAAGACCAUGGUGUCAUAUCACUGAACUUGUUCUGUAGCUGCUCCAGUGGACUGUGGAACUAUUUGAUGAGUUAUGUCAUCAAAGAUGGGGACAGUGUUGAAUCACUAGCAAGCCGGUUUGGGGUUAGUAUGGAUAGCAUUGAGACAGUGAAUGGCAUUGACGAUCCUGGUAGCUUCUCUGUUGGUGCUCUCUAUUAUAUACCUUUGAAUUCGGUUCCUGGUGAGCUUUAUCACUUCAAGAAUGACACUCCUCCAGUACCAGUCCCUUCACCUUCUGUAGAUGAAUUUUCAGCCGACCAAAUCAACCAGAAGGCUCGUGUGCCCCAUGAAUGGAUCGUAGGAGGUUUUGCGGUUGGUCUUGCUCUGAUAAUAUUAAGCAUUGUUGUCUGUGUAUUCCUGAGAUCGCCCAAUUGUUUGGUUGAAGCCAGAAAUAAUGCAACAAAUUCUGCAGGAAAGAUCUCUAAUAAGUUCUAUGUUUUUGGUAAUCCAAAUUUGUUUUGUGGAUGUGGCAAACCGGUGGACCAGAAGCAAACUGAUGGUGAAUCCAGCAGCCACCAAAUUACCGUAACAACCAAAGCAUCGUCCCUAAUACCUCACAUGUUGGACAUGGAUAGGCCUGUAGUUUUUUCAUACGAAGAGAUUUUUGCCUCAACCGAUGGUUUCUCUGAUUCAAAUCUGCUUGGGCACAGAGCACAUGGUUCUGUUUACUAUGGUCUCCUUCGUGACCAGGAAGUUGCUAUUAAAAGAAUUACAGCUACUAAAACUAAAGAAUUUAUGUCAGAGAUAAAAGUUCUGUGCAAGGUUCAUCAUGCUAAUCUGGUAGAAUUGGUCGGCUAUGCGGCGAGUCAUGAUGGUUUUUUCCUUAUUUAUGAAUAUGCUCAGAAGGGUUCACUCAGCAGCCAUUUGCAUGAUACUCAAAAUAAGGGUCAUUCAUCUCUUUCUUGGAUCACAAGGGUCCAGAUUGCACUUGACGCUGCUAGGGCCAUUGAAUACAUACACGAACAUACAAAAACUCGCUACGUCCAUCAAGGUAUCAAGACAAGCAACAUAUUGCUUGAUGCUUCCUUUAGAGCCAAGAUAUCAGAUUUUGGGUUAGCAAAACUAGUUGGUAAAACAAAUGAGGGAGAAACCACAACAUCCAAAGGUGUAAAUGCAUAUGGGUAUCUCGCUCCAGAAUACUUUAGCAAUGGCCUUGCAACGACCAAAAGCGAUGUCUAUGCAUUUGGUGUUGUUCUUUUUGAGGUCAUGUCAGGGAAGGAGGCCAUCAUUCAAACACAAGGUCCUGAAAAACGACCAUUGGCAUCUAUUAUGUUGGCAAUUCUUAGGAACUCACCUGAUUCCGUUAGCAUGUCAAGCACAAGUAACCUCGUUGAUCCUACUCUGAUGGAUCUGUAUCCUCAUGAUUGUGUACAUAAGAUGGCCAUGCUGGCAAAGCAAUGUGUGGAAGAGGAUCCCGUAUUACGUCCUGACAUGAAGCAAGUUGUGAUUUCCCUCUCACAAAUCCUGCUGUCUUCUGCUGAGUGGGAAGCCACUCUUGCCGGAAACAGCCAAGUAUUCAGCGCUCUCGUUCAGGGAAGAUAGUUUACACACCAACGUCAUCAUUUCCUUCCACUACUCUAUUAUCUUCUCCUCUUCCUUUUACCAUAGAAAUACAAUCAAAUAUGAGCUAAGACUUCACAUGAAACCGAUGGAUCAAUUGUAUUUUACAGGACAAAGUUUUGGAAAUUAAAAUAUGUUGUGAUGGAGUUGAGAAAAGACUUCGCUAUGUUCUGAUUGUUACCGACAUAAUUUGUAAUUUCAUUAAUAUACAUACGUGUAUACACAUUGAUUACUUGCAAUGUUUAUACCCUUCCCA